UGUCACUUCGGUUAUUUUGAUGUCCAUGAUGUGGGCUCCGGCAGGAUCCGCAUAUCUGUUGCUGCUACUUCGAUUGGCUGUAGUGCAAAGGUCCACCAGUUACUGUUUGAAAGAUGUUUCCUCAACAGAUUUUUGUCACGGAAAAAGCACCAGCUGUUGUCACUACUUAUCGUAUCGUUACCAGUACAAUACAGUCUUUCGCACCUGCUGCGACUCCGGAAACGUGUUCCCGAUGAAUACGCGGUACUACUGCACGAAUGACUAUGCAACGUUGUACUGCAGCGAUUCCGUUUCUGAAUGUUGUCACUCAGCAACCUCUACGCGCGGGAAGUGGCACGUGGGAUGCUGUGCUGCGGAUCCUGGAAGUAGUGGAUGGAUUAUCGGAGGAGUGAUCGGUACCAUGGUAAUCCUACCCAUCCUAGCAAUUUCUAGUUGCAUGCGCGCUGCUCGCGCGAGGAGAAAAGCCACAAAUCGGAUGAAUGCUAUUGUGACCGUCCGUCAAGUAGGCAACCCACAGCAGCAGCACGGCGCAGAAGGCCCUCAUGGGGCUGGCAGUUAUCCAAGGCCAGAGGGACUAUCCAAUACUGGAACCGAAAGUAACCCUUCGUAUAUCGUGGGAGGCCAAACAGGCCCUGCUGGACCAGCAGGGAACCCUACAGUGGGUCGAGGAGUGCAAGCAGGUUACCAACCACCACCUGCUGCAGGGCAAUCAAGCUACCCAUCAGCGGGACCAAUAGUAGAAGCAAGCUCCCAACCACAGCCCAGUGCCGGCGCUGGGUCGCCGAGCUUCACACCAGCGAGCCAAGGAGUAGAGGCAGAUGCCCACCCACAGCCCACUGGACGGCCAAGCUACACAUCAGCGGGCCCAGGGUUAGAAGGAGACUACCAACCACCAUCCGCUGGGCCAGUUUACCCCCUUCCGGAUGAUAAACCGCCAGAGUACGUUAACAUGGCUUUUGCGCAAUAAUUUUCUAUAAUAGUAGCGGUACUACAAAACAUAAAUCUGCUUUGUGAAUAUCGCCGCUGUACAUAGUUAAAUGUAGCAACGAAUUUGUUUUGAUAUCUUUAAUAUAAUCUGACAUGUUGGUGUGGUUGGUGAGAAAAAUCGGCAAAUCCUAUUGAUGGACCUGUAGCGUAUUCUGUAAAACAAAACAACUUGUAAAGUUAUAAGAAGUUUCUUUGAAAACGGAAUUCAUGAGCUACAUGUAUGCUAUGGUUUAACAUUUGGUUUUAACUAAAAUAUAAGAGAUACGAUUUUCACAAAAAUAGAGAUACGCAACUGAUACUUUUGAUUGUACAAUCCACCGGAACCCCCAAUUCAGCAUUCAGAAAUCCUAUCAAAAUGGGAUCGUUUUUUAAGAGGCGGUCAUCACAAAAACUUGGCCAACACCAACAACGCUUUAAAUGCUACUAUUGAAGACUAAUAUUUUACUAUGAUAGGGAAUAGAAACUUAAACAAUAUGUUCAGCAUCAAGCCUAUUUAUCCGAGUAUAUCUUUUCGUCAAACACAAGAACUGCUUACUCUUGCCAAGCUUCAUAUGUUUAUGGGUAAACAUUGAUGUCUAUUCAAUUGUAUGAAUUGACGUAGUACAUGUAUAGUGCAUAUUUCGCAUACCAGUCGCUGUACCAUUGUUUUUUUAUUUAUCAUCGAAGAGGAGUCACCUUACUCUGUUUGAUCUUUGGAAUAUUUAUUUAAUAUUCCACCCCGCACAAACACAAAUGUGUUUUGUAAGGUGGUGGAGCAUUUUAUUAGUAUUCCCUAUUUAAUGAUGUCAGUGAAGAAAGUGUAUCAAAAACAUUAUAAGGUAUAUAUUGGGUAAGAAUAAAGGAAAACUUGGACAGGA